AUGCCCGCUCCACCACCCCCUCCGCCGCCGCCGCCUCCGAUGCCGGGUGGAGGAGGCCCUCCACCACCUCCACCCCCACCGCCAGGCGGCAGCAUGCCUCAACGACCACCUGCCAAUGUAGCCAAGGGAAGAGGAGCAUUGCUCGGCGACAUUCAAUCCGGAGCGCGACUCAAAAAAGUGGCCCAAGUCAAUGAUCGAUCGGCGCCCAUCAUCGACAGAGGAAAGGAAACGGCUGCUGCGCCUGCCGGGGCUCCACCAAUUCCAGCAGGAUUAAGACCGCCAGGUGGAUCGGGCGCAGGAAGUGGGAAUCGAGCGAGGAGCAAUAGCGAUCAGCCAGCAGCCGCCGGGAUGGAUGCAGCACCGCAGUUAGGCGGCCUUUUCGCAGGGGGAAUGCCCAAGCUGAAGAGUAGAGGUGGAGGUGUCAACAUGUACGACUCAGAUCCCGAGACGACGAAAUCGAGAAACGCAGCAACACCUAGYCCUCCACCGCCCAGACCCAUGGGAGGACCUCCACCCAGACCAGGAGCCGCUCCUCCACCACUUCCACCCUCUGCUGCACCAGCGAUACCCUUCGUUGCAGCAUUGAGGAACAACCUACGACCUUCAUCUGCUCACACAAACUCCACGCCCGAUUUUCACGCACUGAACAAACCGAAGCCUCCGCCUCCGAUUGGAAAGAAGCCGCCAUUGCCUCCUCCAACAGGUCGUAAACCUUCGGGAAUGACUUCUGMAAGCAUGGCCAAUCUCCAUCUACCUUCACCACCGCCCCCACCUCGACCUAGCUCAAGUCACGCACCUUCAGGAGCUCCUCCGCCACCACCUCCUCCACCCGCACCAGCGAGCAGAGCGGCACCUUCACCACCCAGUAUCCCACCCCCAGCACCCAGCCCACUUCAAAGCAGGAUCGCGUCUGUGAACGACGACGACAACGAAUACGAUCCGUAUAAAUACAACAGCCCAACACCUCCAGCUCCUCCGCCACCUCCUCCUCCAUCGAGUGGACCUAAAGAGCCGAACUUGGCAGCAAUGGCAGCACGAAAUGCUUUUGGGAUGAACCGCACAUCAAACACAAGUCCCGCCGCACCUCCUCCACCUCCUCCUCCGGGCCCUCCGCCACAAGCGAGUCCGAUGCCUAACUCAGCACCACUACCUCCCCCUCCUCCAGGCCGUCCAGGCUCAAGUCACGCACCCCCUCCUCCGCCACCACCUCCUCCACAACAAAGAAGCAGCGGCGGCAUCCCCACGGCUGGUGGCGCACCCGUAGGCGGUCUCACGAGAAUGCCGGAUGCGAGCGCUUACACGCUCAUGUCGAAUGGUUCUUCAGGAAGUAGGAGUCGUGCGGAUAGUGGUGCCAGACCGGGAACGGGCGGAGGUGGGAGAUUUGUAGUCCAGGAUUCGAGAUGGAAGUUUCAAGGCGAUGACCAGUUGCCUAAACCGAGAGAAUUUUUGGGUGGAGGGAGGAGAUUCAGGGCUGGGAGAGGAAGUAGCGUUCCGCUGGAUCUGGGAGCUUUUGUUUGA